CUUCCGAGGUGGCAAAUGUCCAGCUCCAAGCCACGGAGGUGACCAGCGUCCAGGUCCAAGCCCUGCCACAGCCCUUGGAUGUCACCAGCAUCCAGCUCCAAGCCGGUGAGGUGACCAACGUCCAGCUCCAAGCCCUGCCGCAGCCCUUGGAUGUCACCAACAUCCAGCUCCAAGCCGGCGAGGUGACCAACAUCCAGCUCCACGCUCUGCCACAACCCUCGGACGUCGCCAACAUCCAGCUGCAGGCUGCGGAGGUGACAAACGUCCAGCUGCAAGCCCUGCCACCCCCCUUGGAUGUCACCAACAUCCAGCUCCGAGCCCUGCCACAACCCCCGGAGGUCACCAACAUCCAGCUGCAGGCCACCGAGGUGACAAAUGUCAAGGUCCAAGCCCUGCCACAGCCCUCCAAGGUGACCAACAUCCAGCUCCACGCUCUGCCACAACCCUAGGACGUCACCAACAUCCAGCUGCAAGCCCUGCCGCAGCCCUCAGAGGUGUCCGGCGCCCAUCUCCAGGCCACGGAGGUGACAGAUGUCCACCUCCAGGCCACAGAGGUACCUGACGUCCAGCUGCAGACCGCAGAGGUGACAAAUGUCCAUCUCCAGACCACCAAGGUACCUGACAUCCAUCUCCAAACCACGGAGGUCCCCAGUGUCCAUCUCCAGGCCACGGAGGUGCCCGACAUCCAGCUCCAGGCCAUGGACGUGCCCGAUGUCCAGCUCCAGGCCGUGGAGGUGCCCAGCAUCCAGCUGGAGACCACAGAGGUUCCCAGUGUCCAUCUCGAAACCACUGAGGUGCCCAACAUCCAUCACCAAACCGUGGAGGUUCCCAGCGUCCAUCUCGAGGACGCAGAGGUGCCCACCGUCCAUCUCCAAGUCACAGAGGUGCCCGGCAUCCAUCUCCAGACCGCAGAGAUGACCAGUGUUCAUCUCCAAGACACCGAGGUGUCCGGUGUCCAUCACCAAGUGGUGGAGGUGCCCAACAUCCAUCUCAAGAUCACAGAGGUGCCCAACAUCCAACUCAAGACCAUGGAGGUGACCAACGUCCGUCUCCAGGCCGCUGAGGUGCCCAACAUCCAACUCAAGGCCGUAGAGGUGCCCAGUGUCCAACUCAAGGCCAUGGAGGUGCCCAGCGUCCAUCUCCAGGGUGCUGAGAUGCCCAACAUCCAACUCAAGGCCGUAGAGGUACCCAACGUCCAACUCAAGACCGUAGAGGUGCCCAGUGUCCAUCUCCAGGCCGCUGAGGUGCCCAACAUCCAACUCAAGGCCAUAGAGGUGCCCAAUGUCCAGCUCAAGGCCAUGGAGGUGCCUAGUGUCCAGCUCAAAGCCAUGGAG